AUGGCCGACCCCGAGACGGACAUUGGCCAGCUGUCCCCAAUCCAGCAAGAGGCGCUGCAACAGUACUUGGCCGUAACAGACCAAGAAGUCAAGGACGCAAUUCCACUGCUACAACGUUCACAAUGGAACGUACAGAUUGCCAUUGCCAAAUUCUUUGAUGGCGAAGGCCCCGACCCCUUGGCCGAGGCCAUGGCUGCCAAUCAAGCCAUUCCGCAAAUCGCCGCACGACACGAGAACCUGCAACAGAGCCUGCUCGCCUCGGAAUUUAGCUCACGAGUGGCACCGCGCCGCGAUCGAACCGACCCAGCGCCGCGUAUCGUGCCACAGUCGUCGACGACACACGGAACACCCUGGCUACUCGGCCUUUUGCUGACGCCACUCAACUGGGGCUGGCAGGCAGCGACGGUGCUAUUGCGCACAGUGCUAUACGUCGUGUCCUUCUUACCGACGGCGAUUCGGCCGACACUCCUGACGAGCCGACUCUCGACGGCGCUGCAAGGCGGGGGAGGUGGCGGGGGGCGGCGAAUGCUGAUGCCGCGCGACGCGGCGGCGCGGUUCAAGCGCGAAUUUGAAGAGGAGCACGGGGAGAAUGAGCUGCCGUUCUUUGAGGGCGGGCUAGCGCAGGCGCACGAUCUGGCCAAGAAAGAGCUCAAGUUUCUGCUGGUGGUGCUGCUCUCGCCUGAGCACGACGACACGGCGGCGUUUGUGCGCGAGACCCUGCUAGCGCCCGACGUGGUGAGCUUUGUGCGGGAUCCGGCGAGCAGCGUGGUGCUCUGGGGCGGCAACGUGCUCGACUCGGAAGCGUUCCAGGUGGCGCGCGAGUACAAAUGCACGCGGUACCCGUUCUCGGCGCUCGUGUGUCUGACACCUAAGGAGGGCAGCGCUACACGCAUGGGCAUCGUUAAGCGGCUCUCGGGUCCCAUGCCUGCAGCGACAUACCUUUCAGAGCUGCAGGGGGCCAUGGAAAAGUAUGGCGCCGACAUGGCGGGCGUGCGGGCCGAGCGCAGCGCGCAAGAGUUUGCGCGAUCCCUGCGCGACCAGCAGGACUCGGCUUAUGAGCGGUCGCUGGCGAUUGACCGCGAGCGCGCGCGCGAGAGGAAGGAGGCGGCGGCAGCAGCGGCAGCGGCGGAGAAGCGUGCACUAGAGGAAGCACAUGCCGCCGCUCGGCGUGCGGAAAAGGGCGAGCAGUGGCGGGCUUGGCGGGCAGCGCGCAUUCGGCCGGAACCGCCGGCGAGUGAUAAGGAGGUUGUGCGCGUGGCGCUUAAGAUGCCCGAGGCGUCGGGGGCGGGCCGCAUUACAAGGCGGUUCGCGCAGGACGCGCCAGUCGAAGAACUCUACGCGUUUGUGGAGUGCUACGGGGUGCAAGACGACAGCAGCAAGGGCAGCGCGGAGAAGCCAGAAGACUAUGAGCACAAGUACAUGUUUCGUGUGGCAUCGACGCUGCCAAGAGUCGUCUACGAGCCUAGCACAACAGAGACGAUGGGGGCGACGAUUGGGCGGUCGGGGAAUCUGAUUGUGGAGGCGAUAGAGGAUAGCGCCGAGGAGGAGUGA